UCCCCUCCCCCACAGGGCUCCUAAGAGCUCCAGCACACUCAGGGCUGCUUGCAUCACAAUCGCCGCCCGUGUCAUCCCUAGCGCCAGGCUACCUGGGCUGCCUGCUUGUCUCCCUGGCUAGCAGUGGCAAGGAGAGGGGAUCCUAUGGCAGCUUGAACACCUGGAUGGCACCCUGACACCCUUCUGGGGCACUCCCAGGCAGCUCACUAUCCCUGCACCAAGACAUCUUGCAGGGGAUGGCCAUCUUCGCUCGCUAUGACGACUUAAAAAAGGAGAUUGAUGCCCUCGUGGCAGAAAAUGACGAGCUGAAGCACCUCAUACAGAUGCUCAAGGAGAACCAAGAGCUCAAGUCUAUCCUACGGAACCAGUACAAUGAAACCAACUUGAUCCCCAAGUUCGAAUCUACCCGGAUUGAUUCCACAAAUCCAAUCCUCAACAACGCCUUCCAGGAAAGCCACAGCUGGGAGCAAGCCCGCUUCGCCCCCAACACCAACUUCAGGGUGACUGUACGCCGAAGGCUUCCAAGCGAUAACACUCCUUCAACCAUUUCUUCACCCAUUUCUCCGGGGGGUGGAACGAUGAUAAGAAGAUCCCCUCCUGGCCCACGGGUGUCCACGCCCCUCAACCUGACGGACAGAGCAGCAGGACUGCAGGUCGUCCGGUUUGCUCCUGACACCACGACAGCUAAUGCCGCUUUAUAUCCAGCCCAUCAGACUCUUGCCACGUCCUCCUCUCAAAGUCCCAAAGGCUAUUGCUAUGAGUGCUCCUCUCCGGUGCAUCCACACCAUCCACAGACUUCCUCCUCCCAAAGUCCCAAAGGCUAUUGCUAUGAGUGCUCCUCUCCGGUGCAUCCACACCAUCCACAGACCUCCGCAACAACUUCCUCUGACCCCAGUAACACAAAUCUUGAGGGUGGCACAGUGUACCCAGUGGGAGUCCCCCCACUCUGGUCCUUGCCCAGCUCCAUGUCCCCUGGGGUUGAUACAGUCGUCUUACCUCCAGGCCGCCCCAAAGUUGCCAGGACACAAACAGUAGACAUCACCACCCUCCAGCCCAGCUCUGGGGGCUCCUAUUCUCCAAAUGCCAACCAAACAAGAGAAAUUGAAUCAUAUUGGUCCUGGCCCAGCUCCAUGUCCCCUGGGGAUGAUACAGUCUUCUUACCUCCAGGUCGCCCCAAAGUUGCCAGGACACAAACAGUAGACAUCACCACUCUCCAGCCCAGCUCUGGGGGCUCCUAUUCUAUGAAUCCGAACCAAACAAGAGAAAUUGAAUCAUAUUGGCCCUGGCCCAGCUCCAUGCCCCCUGGGGAUUAUUCAGUCUUCCCUCCUCCAGGACGCCCCAAAGUUGCCAGGACACAAACAGUAGACAUCACCACUCUCCAGCCCAGCUCUGGGGUCUCCUUUUCUCCAAAUGCCAACCAAACAAGAGAACUUGAAUCAACUUGGUCCUGGCCCAGCUCCAUGUCCCCUGGGGAUGAUACAGUCUUCUUACCUCCAGGCCGCCCCAAAGUUGCCAGGACACAAACAGUAGACAUCACCACUCUCCAGCCCAGCUCUGGGGGCUCCUAUUCUACGAAUCCGAACCAAACAAGAGAAAUUGAAUCAUAUUGGUCCUGGCCCAGCUCCAUGUCCCCUGGGGAUGAUACAGUCUUCUUACCUCCAGGCCGCCCCAAAGUUGCCAGAACACAAACAGUAGACAUCACCACUCUCCAGCCAAGCUCUGGGGUCUCCUAUUCUCCAAAUGCCAACCAAACAAGAGAACUUGAAUCAUAUUGGUCCCUGCCCAGCUCCAUGUCCCCUGGGGUUGAUUUAGUCGUCUUACCUCCAGGCCGCCCCAAAGUUGCCAGGACACAAACAGUAGACAUCACCACUCUCCAGCCCAGCUCUGGGGGCUCCUAUUCUCCAAAUGCCAACCAAACAAGAGAAAUUGAAUCAUAUUGGUCCUUGCCCAGCUCCAUGUUCCCUGGGGAUGAUACAGUCUUCUUACCUCCAGGCCGCCCCAAAUUUGCCAGGACACAAACAGUAGACAUCACCACUCUCCAGCCCAGCUCUGGGGGCUCCUAUUCUCCAAAUGCCAACCAAACAAGAGAACUUGAAUCAACUUGGUCCUGGCCCAGCUCCAUGUCCCCUGGGGAUGAUACAGUCUUCUUACCUCCAGGCCGCCCCAAAUUUGCCAGGACACAAACAGUAGACAUCACCACUCUCCAGCCCAGCUCUGGGGGCUCCUAUUCUCCAAAUGCCAACCAAACAAGAGAACUUGAAUCAACUUGGUCCUGGCCCAGCUCCAUGUCCCCUGGGGAUGAUACAGUCUUCUUACCUCCAGGCCGCCCCAAAGUUGCCAGGACACAAACAGUAGACAUCACCACUCUCCAGCCCAGCUCUGGGGGCUCCUAUUCUACGAAUCCAAACCAAACAAGAGAAAUUGAAUCAUAUUGGCCCUGGCCCAGCUCCAUGCCCCCUGGGGAUUAUUCAGUCUUCCCUCCUCCAGGACGCCCCAAAGUUGCCAGGACACAAACAGUAGACAUCACCACUCUCCAGCCCAGCUCUAGGGUCUCCUUUUCUCCAAAUGCCAACCAAACAAGAGAACUUGAAUCAACCUGGUCUUGGCCCAGCUCAAUGUCCCCUGGGGAUGAUACCGUCUUUUUACCUCCAGGCCGCCCCAAAGUUGCCAGGACACAAACAGUAGACAUCACCACUCUCCAGCCCAGCUCUGGGGGCUCCUAUUCUACGAAUCCGAACCAAACAAGAGAAAUUGAAUCAUAUUGGCCCUGGCCCAGCUCCAUGUCCCCUGGGGAUUAUUCAAUCUUCCCUCCUCCAGGACGCCCCAAAGUUGCCAGGACACAAACAGUAGACAUCACCACUCUCCAGCCCAGCUCUGGGGUCUCCUUUUCUCCAAAUGCCAACCAAACAAGAGAACUUGAAUCAACUUGGUCUUGGCCCAGCUCCAUGUCCCCUGGGGAUGAUACAGUCUUCUUACCUCCAGGCCGCCCCAAAGUUGCCAGGACACAAACAGUAGACAUUACCACUCUGCAGCCCAGCCCUGGGGUCCCCAACUCUCAGGAUACCACCCAGAAUGCCUCCCUCAAUGUUACCCGGGAUGCUUCUCAAACUGCCUCUCCAAAUGCCUCACAGAAUGGUCCUGUCUCAGUGCUAAAUCUCUCUGGCCCUCUAAACAGUGCUGAUGUUGCUCAGCACUGGUGGGAGUCUCGGCCUUUCACCCCUCCAAGUGCAGCACUCAAUGCCUAUGUAUGCCAAGCAUGGCCUGCCAUGAGCAUGCCAGCACUGCAGCAGGCAUUGGCGCUGGGGCAAGCAAUGCAGCAGGCACAAAUCCUGACUCCACGGAAUGAGAAGCUAUUGGGAGGGGUAAAGGAACUAAGGCACACCCAAGCAAUGACACAGCGACAGGCAAUGGAGCGGGAGCAGAUGCAGCCUAGGGCGUGGGCGCAGGCACCCGUAGUGACCCAGGCACCAAGACUGACACAGCAGCAGGCAUUCGAGAGAGCACAGGCACAGCAAUGGGUGAAGACCUGGGCAGAGAUGGAGCAAACAGCACGACGACAGGAAAUGGAGCGGGCACACUGGGCCCAGGCCCAGGCCCAGGCCCGGGCCCAGGCCCAGGUAAUGACCCAAGCACAAGCCCAGGCACUUGCACAGCCUAUAAUCCUGAGAAGCCCUGCCCCUUUCAUACUGCAAUCCCCACUUGUUGGUAGGGAAGCCAUGCCACCCCCUUUCCAACUACCCUCUCCCGAAGCCAUGCCACCAACCCACCUUCCUGCUAAUCCACUCCAAGCCCCACAGAAAUAUCCCGAUGUGAAGCCAAAGGAGCGCAGAGCCUCCACUAAGCAAGAGACUGACAUGAAGACCAGCAGCGAUGCCAAAGGAAAAGAAACCAGCAAGCAAGAGCGCAUCGUGGGCGAAAUUGCAUUCCAACUGGACCGCAGGAUUCUCUCCAGCAUCUUUCCUGACCGCGCGCGCCUCUACGGUUUCACCGUCCGCAACAUCCCUGAGAAAGUCGCACAGAGUGGAGCUGACCCCUUCCUGCAGCUGACAACAGAGCAGGCUUCAACCAUCAUGGAGCGCUACAAUAACAUCAUGGACCGCCUGAAGCAGCUGGGCUAUGACCCAAGCGUCCACCCUACCCUGACGGAGCACAUUGUCAACACUUUUGGCAUCCUCCGGGAUCGGCCAGACAUGACAGGCGCAGAGGCAGCCGCCUACAAUGACAUAAAGUAUCUGCAGGAGGUGGUCAAGAAUGCCACCCCUCCAGACAUGUUCAACAACUGCAUGCUGCUCCUCAACUGCCUUCAUCAACUGUCUCAGGAUGACGGGAAGCCCUUGUUCAUAUGGUGAACCUCCCCCCCCCCCAGUGCACACUGUAUCACUGCAAACACAAUAAACCAUCUGAAAAUG